CGAUUGCUCUGGGUUUGAUUACUUCAGCCUGGCUGGCUUCUAUACCGUUGCAUAUCAUUUGUGUUCAGCUUGGGCUUUGUAACUCUUAUAUUUUGCAUUUAUAAAGUAAAUUGUACAUUAUUAGAAGAUGGCUGAUGAGGAGUUGGAGGCUAUCAGGCAGCAGCGUCUGGCAGAACUUCAGGCAAAACAUGGGGACUCCUCCAGUGAUCAAGGACAACAGGAAGCCAAGCAGAGAGAAACAGAAAUGAGGAACACGAUACUGGCCCAGGUUUUGGAUCAGUCGGCCCGUGCCAGAUUGAGUAACCUGGCGCUGGUGAAGCCUGACAAAGCAAAAGCUGUGGAGAAUUACCUGAUCCAAAUGGCCCGAUUCGGCCAGCUCGGGGGAAAGAUCUCGGAGUCCGGUUUAAUAGAGAUCCUUGAAAAAGUUAGUCAACAAACAGAGAAGAAAACAACCGUCAAGUUUAACAGGCGGCGAGUGAUGGACUCUGAUGAAGACGACGAUUAUUAAAAUGAGUAUUUGCUCCAAUCAGUAUGUGCUGGUGAGAGAUGACUGCGUUACUCUGGAUCUCGAGAAGCACCGGUGUCUGACCAAAGGCCUGAUCUGUGGAGAGCAUCCUGAGGAAAAAGACUCCUGUUCCUUUGGACACACAAGAACUUCUGAUUCAUGUUGUUUCUAUUAUAUCACACACUUUCACUACUACUUUUUUUUUUUUUUUUGCCACAAAACGACAAUUUACAGUAUAAUUUCUAGAGACUGCUUUGGGAAUACUUUUUUUUUUUCUUUAAGCAUCAAAAUGGAACAGGACUCGUUGUCAUCUCUUAAUUUGCAGAUCUCCUGUGCAACUGUUUACAUAAUAAUAAAAAAAGCCUUGUACAACUGUUA